CUCAGUUUGGUCGUUGUAACUGCACUACAAACAUGAAUGCAAUCAUGAAUACCUUUCUUAUCGUGACUAUGGUAUUCCUUCUGGGUGAGUCUGUUCCAGCGGAAGAGCAUGUAGGACCAGCCUCAUCAAGCAAGCGUAUCGUCAAUGGUGCCAAUGCUGAUGCUCACGAAUGGCCAUGGCAAGUUUCCCUUCAACAGGAUAGCUCAGGUAGCUCACACUUUUGUGGUGGGUCUAUUAUUGCGACUGAAUGGGUAUUAACGGCAGCUCAUUGCGUUGAAUACUAUAGAAGAUCGCCAGGAUCGUUUCAAAUAGUAGUUGGUGCACAUGAUAAAGAUCAGAAAACACAACACCAAGAAAUUCACUACGCCAAGCAGAUAUAUAUUCAUACAAGCUGGAAUCGCAGACGUCUAAGAGCAGAUGUUGCUUUCAUCCGACUUACAAAAAAGAUAUCGCUACACAAGCACGUAUCGACAAUUCCUCUUCCUCGACAAGGUGACAGGGUCAGUGUUGGAACAAAGUGUUUCGCAACAGGUUGGGGUUACAAGAAGGGAAAUGAUCAUAGCUCACUUGCAAAAGUUCUACAAGAAGCAGAUCUAACGAUUGCCCCACAACAAAAGUGUGAUAAUAUGUUCACCUCAAUCUCUGUCGAUAACACAAUGGUGUGUGCUGGAGGACAAGGRAAAGGAGCUUGUAGYGGAGAUAGUGGGGGACCAUUGGCAUGCUGGGAGAACGGUCAGUGGGUUUUACGAGGUAUUGCGAGUUUUGUGAUGGGCCGAAGGUGCUCUGUUCGUCAUUACACAGUGUUUGCACGAGUUAGUAGCUUUGUCGACUGGAUGCAGAAUAAAAUGAAUAAUUACAAUUAAGAAUGUAAUUWCUAAGAAUAAAGCAUUUCAAACGUA